AUGGCCAAGGAAGACAAGGAUGAUUUCUUUGGCAUCGAAGUCCUCACCUCACUCGACUUUGAGCAGAAAAAGCAAGUUUUUGCAACUCCGCCAUCUGUUGAACAACAAAAUAAGAAGCUGCCGGGCGUAGAAUUUUUCGAUUCCGCCUUUUUUCCAGAAUUUGACGACAAUUCACCGGAGACUUCAUCACAAUCGCAACAAGCUUUUUCCAGCAGCAAUUAUGUUGAUGAUCAGUAUUUUGGGAAGUCGAGCAUCAAAGCCACCCAGAUGUCGCCAGACCCAGAAGUGCAAAGCCAUAACAAAAAUGCAAACAUGAAUCUCGUGGAAAAAGAAGAAGAUUUGGAGCAAGAGUACCUUGGAAAUGCUGCAACUAAUCACGGGCAAGAGUUGUUUUCUGAAAUGGUGCCGGUGUGGAAAAUGAAUCAAAAGGAGAUGAUUGAAUAUUUAGCAUCGCAAGUGCUUUAUUCCGAUGAUAAAAUUAUUGCCUUUGAUAAACCGUAUGGAUUGGCGUACAGUGGUGGCCCAUUUAAUCGCCCACAAUUUGAUCGACUUCUUCAAGAUGUAAAAUCUAUUGUUUGUCCAAAAGUGGAAAGGCUACAUCUAGUGAAAAGUCUCGACCGUAACGUUAGUGGAAUCAUGCUUUUUGCAAAAUCAUCUGCAGUGCAAAACGACUUGAAAAACAUGUUCAAUAAGAAGCAGCUUUCUUCUGAAUAUAGAGGAGUUAUUCGUGGUAGGCUCAGCUCUAAUGAAGUUAAAGUGAAUGUACCAUUGGUGAAACAAAUAAAGGAUAAGGAUGUAAAGCUGAUUCCAGUAUUGGAUACAACAAAAAGACGAAAUGAUAUACAGUUCGUAGAGACCGAAUUUCGAGAGUUAGGCGAGGGUGCGACGAGAUAUUGUUCUUACAUUGGUAUUUCUGUUAAACGAGAAAUUCCUCACCAAAUACGAGCGCAUCUCUUUUUAAAUCAUUGUCCAUUAAUUGGAGAAAACAAAUAUACAAAUGAAGCGCCAAGACCUCCGAAAUUUGGCGAUCACAUUCUCCGUCUUCUUGGAAUAUCGUCUAGUCAAGCUCGAAAACUUCCGAUGCUUCUACAUCAUAAACAAAUGGAUAUUCCAACCAUGGGUCAAGAUGGACGAUCCCUGAUUAUCAACUCUCCAAUUCCAGCCCAUUUUUCAUUUUUACUCAAAAAGCUGAAAUUAUUAAAAAGACGAAAAACGUGUCCAAAUCUGAUUCGAUGUCCACCUGAAGCAAUUUUAACGCUAAUAUAUGACAUCAUCAUUGGUCGAGUCAAUUUCGAGUCUAUUCGGACAACGGGUUUUUCUUUUACGAAGUUUGUUCUUUUAAUUGCCCAAGCCCCCAUCCCUGCUAUCUUAUACAACUGGGAAUAUCGCCUAAAUCACGUUUUUUUGAAACAACUGGAAUUGGAGCGAAUCUUAUGGAAUUUAUCAACUUUGGGAGGAGCUUUCUCAGCGAUGGGAGAUUAUGACUUGAAAUUUGCAGACACGGCAAUUUCCGUUUCCAUGAUUCAGCUACGUCUGGCCAAAGAGUUCGGUGAUCCAGUGUUGAUAGCAAGGUGUCAUCUUUACGUUGCACUAGCUCUUGCACAACAAGGAUUGUUUAAAGAAGCAUAUCGAAUAGUCAGGAUACAAGCCAGAUACUCGCAAGAGCUACAGUCACAUUUGCUUUUUUCUUGUUGUCAAGGAGUGUGGGCUAAAAUCACAACUAUUCAAAAGCUCGGAACGGAAGCCUUAAUUUCAAGAUCAUCUGAAACAAAUAAU